CAGCGCACCAGAUGUUUACGCCUACAUUUUAAGGUACCACAUUCACACGACGCUCACUGUGAGUGCUCGGGGCAGGGUUAGCGCUCUGUUCUACCGUCGAUCGAUGCUCGUUUGGGGCUUAAGAAGCUCCCUCGAGUGCUUGUCAUGAGGAUUUAGCAGCCCCUGCCACCAUCCCGUGGAGCUAGCGUUUCAGCAUUUCACGACGCUGCAGCGAUCUCCGAUCCGAAUGUCAUGGUUUGCGGGUCUCGCUGGCGGAAGAGACAGCUCUUCUGCGGUCUGCUCCUCGGCUUCAUCUUGUUCUACAUAUUCGGGAUCGGCCUGCUCAUCCACAAGGCUGCGUCCACAUCAACACGGAAGGAGAAUAUUCCCGGCAGCGUUGUUACUUCAGCAGCAGGGACGCCGAGAGAGAACCCGCAACACCUCCGCUACCGCCUCGGGAUGAAGGCCGCCCCUGCCCCGCCGGCGGCUGUCGUAGCGUCCCCGGCAAGGCAGGAGCAGGAGACGGCGAAGGACAUACGGAUGGGCGCACACAGGGAUGUGCGCUUAGAACAAUGUACGGCGCUUCGGUACUCCGCAACUCCCCUCCCCAUCACUGCGCUCGUCAGUUUCCCAGGGUCAGGCAACACGUGGCUGCGCUAUCUCGUGCAACAAGCGACAGGUAAGCACCGUAAAGUCACGUAUAUGUAAUAAUGUACACAUACAAACAGCACAGAUCCGCAUACUAGGUAUAGCCCCUGGCGCGGUAUGCUAGGUGAUUACGUACUUGUAUACACGUAGCCUCUACUGGGCUUCGGGAGGCGGCUGGAAAGAGUAGACACUGGCCAAAUAGAGAGAUAACGUUAUCUAGUACAACAAACCACAGGUAUGCACACAUACAAACCGCAUACUAUUUUUCGGAUACUAAGGCUUCACUGGUGCACUGGGUAUAGCCCGAG